AUGGGAGGUAGAGUAUCCCUCAUUAACUCGAUUUUAGCUAACUUGCCUAUUCAUUACUUGGCUUUCUUCAAGGCUCCCAAGAAAAUCGUGAACGAUAUUAUCACAAUCCAACGGCGUUUUCUUUGGGUUAGGAAUUCUAGUAAAAAGUUCAUCUCUUGGAUAUCUUGGAACUCCAUCUGUAAGACGAAGGAAUACGGAGGUCUUGGCAUUAAACACGUAGGCCGUUUUAAUUGUGCUCUUAUAGAAAAAUGGUUGUGGAGAUUUCAAAGCAGUGGAAAUGAAAUUUGGAGAAAGACGCUGAAUCUCAGAUAUGGUAACUUGAGCAUAAAGGUGCAAACUUUCGCCGACGUCGGUAGCUCGAAAUUCGACUCUCUUUGGAUGAAGGAUAUUCUGUCAAGUUCAACCUGCAACUUCAAUGUGGACUUCUGCAAGUUUACGGCUUGCACUAUUAGAGAAGGUCACAAUACGACGUUUUGGCAAUCUAAUUAG